AGAGAGAACACAACCAGAACUUUGAUUUUUAAUCACCAGACUCCAAACAGAAUGGGAUCCUGUAAGCUUGCCCUGCUGCUGGUUUUUGUAUCCUGUGUUGAACGCAGUCUAUCUGCCUCCUGCAUUGUAGACAGUUUCUCAGUCAAAGAAGACUUCGACCCCAAAAGAUAUUCUGGGAAGUGGUAUGCACUGCAGAAGAAAGACCCAGAAGGACUUUUUCUGCAAGACAACAUCUCAGCCGAGUACACCAUUGAUGACGAUGGCUCUAUGACUGCCUCCUCCAGGGGACGAGUCACUCUGUUUGGGUUCUGGGUUGUCUGCGCUGACAUGGCUGCUCAGUACUCUGUACCGGACCCCACCACCCCAGGAAAGAUGUUCAUGAACUACCAGGGCCUGGCUAGCUACCUCUCAAGCGGAGGUGACAACUACUGGGUGAUUGACACAGACUAUGACAACUAUGCCAUCACCUAUGCCUGCCGCUCCCUAAAAGACGAUGGCACCUGUGAGGAUGGCUACGCCCUUGUGUUCUCUAGAAACCCCCGUGGCCUGCCUCCAGCAAUCCAGCGCGUUGUUCGUCAGAAACAGGAGGAAAUCUGCAUGGCUGGACAGUUCCAGCCAGUCCUCCAGUCUGGGGCCUGCUAAACAGAUUUAAAAAAAAAAAAAAGAGAGAAAAGGGGAGCAGCAGCAUAUGCCAGUUAAAUGCAGUUUUACAGCAUGCUAACCGAAACAUCUGAGAACAAGCAUGUGAGAAAAGAUUCAUGUGUGAGUGUGAUGGAGUUGAAAAUUGCAAAAGAGAUUGCAAGAAGAAAUUUUCUUUUCUUCUGCCUUUUAUAACAUUUUCUUCAACCUCCAUCAAAUAUUAAUGUAUUGUCAGAGAAAGGAAAAUGUGACCUUGCAGUAAAGUUUUUGAGUGAAUGUGACCAUAAAUAAAAAUGU